CACCUUUUUUCAUUGUUAAGGACGCGGUGGAAUGUGAUGGUUUGAUCUCAAAAGGACCAGGGAGGGGAAUAUCCGAAAGGAAAGGACCAGCGAAAGCGACUGAGGGAAAGGGGGAAAGCAGAAAGCGGUUCCCCCCCUAUCGCCUCCAACUCUCUGGUCUUGACUGAGAAUAUGUGGAUGAACUUGUCCCGGCCGUGUCGGCUGCAGCGAGCCCUACCGUCCGCACGAGCUCAACCCGCGUGAAGUUGUGGAUUUACCGUUGCGUUUUCCGGACCCGGCGGUGGAAGUGCUGAGGAUGGAGAGUUUGUGGAGCUUGAUUUGCUUUAGAGGAAAGGAUGCAUCUUAAAUUAAUCACACGCUGCUCUUAGUUAGAGCGAUACGAUCUAGCCACUGAGGUCUCCAUUCAGCCGCAGCGGGCUGCUAAUGCCAAGGCUCAGGCUGAUGAAGCACUGCCAAGCUCUGCCAAGCAAACUCUGUGUGUGCGCGCCCUGUGUUAGGAUGGGAAAACGGUGAAUGAACAGGAUGCGGAGCAGCCAGGCAGAAGAUGACAGAUUUGUCUGCUGAAAACCACUGAGGGAAUUUUGAAGUCUUGAAGAGACGGUGGCAAAACAAAUCAGAACAGCCUAAGAAGAAAAAGGAGCUUUUCCUUGACAGCCUAAAGAACUUGGUAGCACAACGGCACAGAUGUGGACUCCCCAACAGAUUUUCAUCAGAUAAUCUGGACAACAUAGAAACUUGGUCGAUACAAUAGAAAGAAAUCUGGAACCAUGUCGGAUCAUAAAGACAUGACCCAUCGCCACCUGAAGCACAAGCUGCAGAGUCUUGGCCGAAGACUUGAUGAACUGGAAGAAGCAACAAACAAGCUACAGAAGUCUGAGGAUGAGCUUCUUGACCUACAGGACAAAAUUAUCCAGGCAGAGGGAAGUAACUCGUCCCUGCUUGGUGAUGUGGAAGCCCUGAGAAAACGUCUCUUGAAGAUCCAGGGGAAAGAUGAGGAGGUACGUAAAGCUGAGGAUCUUUGCCGCACAGUCAGAGAGAAACUGGAAGAGGAGGAAAACCUUACGAAAGAGCUAAAGGCAGAAAUAGAACGUCUUCAGCGACGGAUGGCUGAACUCGAGAAACUGGAAGAAGCUUUUGGGAAAAGCAAGUCUGACUGCAGCCAGCUCUGCCUUAGCCUCAAUGAGGAGAAGAACUUAACCAAGAAGCUCUCAUCUGAGUUGGAGACACUAAAAGCCCGUUUGAAAGAGGUGGAGGGGUCUGAGACAAAGCUGGAGAGAAUGGAGCAGACCUUGGCUAUGGAGCUUGAAAAGCUCAAGGGAUUCACCCAAACCUUUGUGAAUGAGCGUAAGAGGCUGCUAGAGAAACAAAGAGAGGAUGAGAAGACCAUUCUGAAGUUGGAAGAAAAGCUGGCGACCCAGAAGAAUCGCUUUGGCAUGUCAACGGAUUCUGGCAGAGCAGAUUUCAUGAGCUCAAGAAUUGAAGAUGAGCUAACAUCCACAGCGCUCUUAACUAGUAAGCUGGCUGGACGGAAGAAGAGCCUUGACUACUCAAAGCUGUCUGAGAAUGAGAAAAACAGCGGUCUUGAAGGCUUGCAGGAGGACAACAAAGUAAAGGAGUUGACACAGGAGGUAGAACGACUGAAGAACCGCCUUAAGCAGUUGGAGAUUGUGGAAGAGGAUUUGAAGAACUCUGAGUCCAAAAAUGGUGAGCUUCACGAAAAGUUCCAGAUAGAAAGGGAACGAGUUCGAAAGUUAAAUGAGCAGGUGGAACACCUCAGGAUGCAACUGUGUGGAAAAGGCGGAAUCGGAGGAAAUGGAAUUGGUAACUUGGAUAAACACGGCAAUGGAAGCAGCACUGCUAAGGUCAUUGAAAAUGGCAAAGUUGAAAAUGAAGAGGCUAUCCUGAAGGGAGGGUUUAGACAAGAAAAGCCUAAAUAUAGAAGUGCAGCAACUGUCCCAGAGCCAAGUUCCCCAAAACAUAGGAACAGAGAUUUAUCUCCUCAGCAUAAAUCUUGGAACAAAGAUUUCAGCAACUCUGAGAAGGGUUCUCCCAAGUCAGUGAGGAGAGCCCUGAGUCCUGCCCAAAAGAGAAGGACACCCAGAACUACAACUACCACAAAUUCAUCUGAUAAUGGAAUACGAGAUACAGUGCGAGGAGCUGAGGAAAAGCCAAGAGGAGCCACAUACAGCUCUGUGAAUACAACUUCUAGUGAUACCAAGAAGGUGUCCGUCCUUAGUCGAUACCCUCCAGCAGCUAAUGACCAGAAGCCACUAAGGACAGCUCACAAGCAUACAGAUGACAUCAAGAAGAGCAGAGAAAAGUUCUCAAAACUGUACGUAGGUAGUGACAGUGAAUCUAACAGCUCUGAUGUCGUGCCUGACAGUACCUCCAGUACCAUGAACAGCAUCUCUGCUCUAGAGAAGGAAACGGUGCCCGUCUCUGAUCAGGAAUCAACAGACCAGAUUCAGGAAUCUGUAUCUUCUUCUAUUUCUACUAUAUCCAAAGCCAAUGGCUCAUACACAGCCUACAGAUCUCACAUCAAUCCCUUGCUGGCCAGUGACCAGGGGUCAGAGGGUCAUUCUUCUGCCUCAGAAACAGAAUCUACUGGAUCAAGGCCAUCUGAGCUGGACCCUACAGCUGAAACCGCUGAGGCAGCUAGCACAACUGUAAGCAGUAGGACUGUAACCUCCAGGUAUUCUAGAUACCCUCAAGUCCAGGACACGCAUUCAGAGGGUUCCUCCUCCAGGAGCUCCUUUGAUGAGGAGCUGCACAGCCGGUCACAGGGAGCUGAGGGAGGUCACCAGGGACCCAUGCAUACUGCAGCAGGGAUUGAAAUCCAACGAGUAUGCAGUCCUAGAGAGGCACUGAGAUCAAGAGCUGUGAUCAAGCCUGCUAUUGUUGAAAUUGACAGAAAGGAAGUAAUGAUUUCAGAACCCUUGGCUACAAAUGGGAAACCCAAGAUCUCGACCAAACCAGUAGUGACUACUACUAAUAAAAUCACCAGUAGUAUAACCAUCUACCCAAAUGAUCCAAGCUCUUCCAGAACCAGCAGUCGCAGCAGCAGUGUGUCCAGUGAACCUGCGCCUAUUAAAGAGCGCCACACAUCUACAAGUAACAUCGUUAUAGGCCCAAACACUGACCAUCAUGGCAGUAUUUCCGUCCCAUAUGAGAUCUCCAUACCCAAGAGUGAGAUCACUUUGCGGCCAUGCCAGGACCAGGACUGUGGGCCACACAGCCACAGUGAUUCAUCAUCAAGGUCUAAACUCCACAACUCUUCCAGGGUGGAGACCACCACCAGCCACCUGUGCUGCCAGCGCAGCAACUUUAGCCUCCAGUCGCCGGACGUCACUUCCUCAGACUUCAACGACACAGAAUCAGGAUUUGAGAGCAGCAGCAGCAGCAGCACGACCACCGUCACCAGCUGGAGAAGCCAACGGCAAAGCCAACCGUCACACGAAGACAGUUUGCCAGAUAUGAAGAAUGUGACCGUGAGAAGCCCCUGGAGGAACAAAAGCGCCAUGUCUGUGGACGAGGGAAGUCGAGGAAGGAGUACGAGAGCAAUGACAGAUGGCGGGUCUGAAGAUGAAACCGAAACUGCAACAACGUGGAGGGCUUACAGGGCAACCACCUUUGACACAGAGGACUCUGUAAACAGUGGAAACGGAGGCGGCGGAAAUGCUGCAGCACAGAAGGGAGCCAAGCCGUCCCCUGCUGAGGUGUACAUGCGUAAGAUCUCUCAGUCUCCCCCUAUGGAAACAGGAGGGUUGGGAAGGGCCAUACCCCAUGCACCUGUUACCUCUCAGUCCUGGAACCGAUCAUAUUCACAGCAGCCACCGGCUUCUGAUAACUUGGACCCCAGUCCAAACCCGAGUCACAGCCCAGCCUCUUGGAGACGACAGAUACCCAGUAGUGAUCUGGGGACCUCUUACGAUCGGAUAAGCAGGACACCCGGGGCCUCCUCUAGAGGAGGGGAGCCCUGGUCCAGUCGGGGGCAAGGCUUAGGGGCCAGAGCUGAGGGGAGGAGCGGAGCGGGAGGCAGACCGUGGAGCCAGCGUCAGUCAGAACAACAUUAGACCAAGUGAGGAGGAGGAUUGAAGCAAGUGGACAGCACUCCAUUAAGCUCUCAACUGCAAAAUAAGGGCCAAGCGCUAGUUUCCCAUCAAAUGACGGCUACAUAGAUCAUCACCACCUCCAGCAGACAACAGUUUUGCAGCCACACUGAACAACAAACCACCGACCUGAUGAUGAGUGUACGCUGAGACAUGGACGCUUCUUCCUAUUCAAAACUGUUCCAGAAAAAGCCGUGCAUGGAAGGUCAGCGCCUGUACAGUGUUUUUGGAGGUUUCCUCACCGGCCAGUGUAUUAUCUUCUGCUUCUUGUGUUGGAUGUAUUAUAGUGUAAUCCUGAAACUUGACAAGGGAGAGGCUGGCACGCUGCGCGGGGCUGGCGAUUUUCCUGUGUGCCAGAGUUGGAGGAAAAUAGACUCAAGAGAGUUUGUUACAGUAACCUCAGAGUAGCUGGAAAUGUCACUUGUGCUUCAGAAUUUCAACUUUUCUUCAUCACUGAAAAGACAAACCCAAUCCUCAGUCAACAGCAGUGCAUCUUUCUCUCUCACAGGGCUGGAUUUUCCCGUAGGUUUCUCUAUAAAACCAAAAGAUCGCUACUUUAAAUGUGACCAAAAACAGGAAGCGAAUUACCCUCGGUUUUGUUUCAGACUCAUUUUUCCUUCUGAAAACCUUCAUCCAAUCCCAUCCCUUCCCCCCUUCACCAAACACAAGCCAUGCAAACGUAUCCACAAAACAAGAAGCAAACACAUCCACAUUUUUAACUUUCGGUUUAAUUUCAGCCCAUAUCCUGACUUUCCAGCACGCGGUAACCUCAAACUAGAUUUAAUUUGAGGUCUUAGAUGCUGAAUGAAGAUUUGCAUGUUUCUAAGUAAUAAAUGAAGAACACUUGAAAGAUUGUGACUCAGCAUGCUUAAAGGGUUGCCGGUUGGCUGGAUUUUAGGCGCACGCACACACACACAAAUACAAAUACAGACGUACGCACAGACACAUUUUUCUUUUUUCUUUUGUCUUCACAGGCCAGGACCUUGUUUAUGUUUUUCUGUUAUUUUGAUUCUUUUGUAAUUCGCUUCCUGUUCUGCAUCAUCCUUUCGCUUUCUUCUCAACCGUGUCAUUUGAAAAAAGAAAGUGGACUGCACGCCAUGAAAUGGAAUGCACAUGCAAGAAGAAAAAAUAAAUCAAUAAAAAACAAGAGGAUGGGGGGUGGCAUUGUUUAUAACCUCAAACCAUGACACAGUUUCCAUGGUUCUGUAUUUUACAGCUGUUGCAACUGUCCUCAUCCAUGUGUUUUGAAAGAGCCAUAGCAAAAAUGGAGUUUCUGUUUGAACUGAACUUUGGACUUUCGAUUACCAGCAACCGUGGCCUGGCAGGGUGGACAUUUUUUUUUUUUUUUUAGUGCUGCCAUAAGUACUGUGUACACACCAGUCAUAGGAACGACCCAAGGGCGUUGGACUUCUAACCAGGAAGUGACAGUCCUGCUUGUACGUGACUUGGUUCGCCGUGCGAAUCGUGCUAGUGUCUCUCUUUCUUAUUUCUAUAGAGGUGUAUUAUUUUGUUACGACGAUAAACAACACCUGGUGGGUUGGUAUGUUGGAGCAAUCACUCAUUGGCAGGGGCCACUACGGCAGAGACUGUGCAGUAGAAUUCAAUUUAGCCACCGGCCAGUAAUAAAAUGAGGUGUUUUUUUGUUUGGUUUUUUGCUGAGGUCAUCAGAAACCCUGCUGACGUAUUCAGGUUUCUCCAUAAAGUCUUUCAACAGGCACCGGCAGGAUCUUGAGACUGUUGCAGAAGAUUGACUGCAGAAUGACAGGCUAUGUAAACUUUUAAUCCUAGAACAAAAUUUAUGAAUGUUGCUCAGGAGGAAUGCAGCUGAGAAUGACCAAUUGCUCGAUGGCUUAAUGCACCGAUCCAACACGACUGCAUUCUUUGUCGCUCGCAUCUGUUAAACUGUAGACGAGGGGGGAAAAAAAGAGAGAAAAACAGAACCAUAACUGUGACAACUCUGGACCAAGUUCUGGAUCUGUGAAAGAACUUGGGACUUUUUAAAAGCCUGCUCUCCAUCUGGCUCCUCUGCUGUUGUGGAUUUUAAUGCUGUGUUGUCGGACCCUGCUGGGGAUGAUCUGGUUCACUUAUUUUUUUUGUUUGUUUGUUUUUUGGUCUCCUGUAUUCUACCAGCCACCAUCAAGCUGUAAUAUUUAUUAGUCUCCACAUAUGUGCAGGUUCUUUUAUUGUGAAAAGAUCCGCCUAUUGGCAGGACCUCUGUCUGUUGCCACUUUGUCACUUUACAGUUUAUGCAAGCAGGAGAUUAUAUGCAAUUAAACUGUCCCCCCACCCCCUCUGCAAUAUCUGUAACCAUUUCAGCCGUCAUCGUGUACAAAAAGAGGUGAUGACUGUGUAAGUGUGAAGUUUGCUAGGUUAAAACUAAAAGUUUACCUUUAGGAAUGCACAUUUUCACCAGUCUGUCUUUCCAUUAUGUUUACCUUCUAGCAGUAAUAUCUACAGUAUGUUUGUCUGUGCCUUGAGAUGCGGUAUAAGAGGUAAACUGUCCCAACAAAUUCAGACUCGCACCAUUUCCUUACACUUGCAGUAAACAUAAAUAACAUGCAAUACAAACAUGUGAGGUUUUGAUUUGUUCUGUUUGCAUUUAAUUGCAUUUUUCUUUUAUUUGAGAAUUGUUUUGGUUGACAUUGUAAAAUUAUUUUUUAGGGGAAAUCCUCCCUGAAGGAAGGUGAAAUAAGAUUCCCGCACAAAACGCCAAAACUUCUUUUCUAACCCACCUCCAAAGCACCCUGUUAAAGGACACGAGCCACGCCGCUGUGUCCUUUGGAUUUGACCGUCAGAGUCACAGGGUGCAGCUCUGCCUCUGAAAGGCUUGCUUUGUGGCUAGCCGCCUCCGCCGGCUUUAUGAUGGCGCAAAAAUGGACCAGACGCACUGUUUAGAGCUCUCAGUGCACAAGCCAAGACAUGAUGAUCAUAUAGUCCUCCUGUGCUCCCUCUGUUAUUGUUCUACUUCUCAUUUACCAAGAGAGAAUGCCCUCUCGUCCCCAGUCUCUCAUCUUUUCGACCAAUUUUAAUUUUCUUUUUCGGAUUUUGCUAAAAACCAAGUGUCCCUUCCUCCUCCCUCUGUUUCUCUGUAUUUUCCUUAGAUUCUCAUUUCCUAAAAGGAAAACCUUUGCCCUAAACAGCAGUGAUGUGUGCUACUGGUGCAGAGGCUCGUUUUAUUGAAGGCCAGAGGCCUGUCAGCAGAAAAUGAUGGGCAGCUCCCUGAGUAGCUGAAAGGUGAAAUGUCAGCUCUGGGUCUAAUCCUGUCUCUACAUCUUGAUUCAGGGCUUCUAAAUACAGGAGCGUCAAAAAUGGCCAGCUUGGCAGUGACGUGCACUUGAUGAUAAUUAAAACACCCGGGGGGGUAUCGAGUGUCCGUUUCUGCCAGAUAUACACGUGCUCUUCUCUCAGUGUGUUUGUUGCUGUUGUUGAUAUGUCAGCGAGGGUUCUCAUUUAAAGCUCAAGUGGCGUCUGCAGAACCCUGAGUUGGCUGGAGGGCGUUUGUGGGUCAGGAUGGUGAUGCAAGCACCUGAGCCACUGCCCAUUAUCCUGCCUCAUGGCCCAUAAAGUUCUUGUUACUGUUUUCCUCCAAUCCAACGUGAUACUCCUCCACCGAUCCCUAAGCAGCACCACUGUGAAGCAUUUCUCUACCUGUGAGUUGUUUCUUUUGAAUCUUUUUCGUCCUUUCUUUCCCUAAAGAGUGUUUGAGUUUGGGGUGGGGGUGUCCCAGCUGUCAGAAACUGUAGGUUUUACGAUGCGUGGCAGGUUUCCCCUCCUCAAGGUCGGGUUCAAAGCAAGCCGGGCUGUGUAAAGGCCAAAGUUGAAACUAUGCGAUCCACCUUUCUUCCUUCUAAGGCCCCAAUAUUCCCAAACGCUACCGCUAAACCCGAUCGUACAUCCACUCCAUCCAGUGAGACUCAGCUGGACUCUGUCCCAGCAUGAAGACCACCUGUGGCAUCUGUGUGUGCUUAUGUGAUUGUGCAAAAUGCAACUGCUCACAGGUGACAGGUCUCACUCAAUGCUUCGGUGAAAGUUGGUGCAGUGUUAAUAUGGUGGAAUGUACUAAUUGGUUUUUGGUGGAGCUGCAGUGAUAAUUUCACAGGUUUUAAGGAUUCCAGGGCUGUUUUCUUUUCCUGAUGUCUCCUCUGAUUUGUGAUUGAUGGUUGAAUGUGGACUGAAUUACAGCAAUGGUGUAAUAGCUGCUGUUUAAAAACAAAAAGAGGCUGCUUCUGCUUUCCUGCUAGGAUACCAGCUAAAGAGUUAAUAGAAAUCCUCUUAAGAUGUGUUGGUAUAUCUAUAAACAUCCGUUAUUUUGUUUUUCCUUUUAUAAAAGUAGACUAGAAUGUACUUAGUGGAGAUCGGAGGAAUGUUAGCAGGCCCUUGUCUUCAAAUGCCUCCAUUGUGAAGCCAGGGUUAUGGUGUCAUUGGGGUGUCACAGGCUGUAAUCUGCACUUAACCAGCACUUAAACAACUAAUGCCCCCUUUAAGUCCCCCAUUGUUAAAACGUUUCCUCUUCUGUGCCCCCAAAAUUGUCCGUAGCUGUUUGCUGAAUGUACCACAGCUGGUUAUGUAGGGUUUAUUAUUUGUUUCUUUUUGUAAAUUCUUUUCAAGAAUCAUCUCAGCAGGUAAAGGAAAUUGGCAUGCACUCAGUGAAAAAUCAUGUUUGUGUCUCAGCCUUUUAACAAUGUGCCAAAAUCAUUCCACAGUAUUUACAGUUUACAGAGAUGGUGCAAGAGUUUCCCCAGGAGGACACGGUGUCUCUUAAGGUUCUGAAAUAAAGGGGAAAUAUAAGUGAGGUUUGUCUUUUCUCUGUCAUCUCUCUCCUUAUGUAUUUUUUUUCUCUUUGUUAAACAAAAGAUGUCUUAUUUUGGAAUCUAUAUUGGAUAGAUUUUAUUUAAGGAAAAACUAAUUUUGUAAAGUGGGCCUUAUUACUGAAAUAUAUAAAGUAUUUGUCCAUCUUGAUUUAAAGACUUUUUUGUUUUUCGAGGUAAUGUAUCUCCUUUUUCUCUGUCACACUCCUGGAGAGUUCUUCUUCAUGUAUUUUGUGCUUGGUAGUUUUAAUGCAAGACGUUUCUCACAACCUGGAGACAUGAUGACGCACCGUGGAUGAGGAAAAAGAGAAAGGGAGAAGCCAGCGUCGAGCGAUAGUCUUUGAAGAGUGAGAGUUAUGUGCGUUUUAUCAGAGCUGAGCAGGUCUCCGGUGUUGAGUGGUUCAACACGUGUCGACCCCUUUUUUCUUUUUUGUUUCGUGUUUUCUUUUUAAAUCGGGGACCAUUCACUGCUCCAGCCUCUUUGCCGCCCUGAUCUCCCUCGCUCAUAAAUUCAGGGUUUGUACAUCUUCUGUGCUGUAUGUUUGAAAGUGCUGCCAAAGAAAGAAGGGUGCAGGUCCCCAGACAUGUUUAUAUAUUGAAAACACACAAUCUUAACAGGAACAAUCGGAUAACGAAUUAAAAGAAUACAUUUUUGUUUAACUGGAUGUUCUCUCUCUUAACGCUGAUUCAUCCACAUCUAAGAAUUUCUGAACUGUACAAAUGAGGCGUUUGUUUGUUUAUUUGGGUUUUUUUUUAAAUAGAUGAGUGUAUAUAAAUGUGUGUGCAGAACAAGGAGACUGACAGACAGAGGUGUCAAACACAGACGUAUAUGUAAUUAAAAUCAGAUCAAAAUUGUUUUAUGAUUGAUUACUGCUUCUCUGUGUCAGCAAUGCCAGGUUUACUGUGUGGGGAGGCUUUUUUUUUUUUUUUUUCGAUUUAAACUUAAUACAUUGUGCAUGUUUUAACCUUUCUGUGGCUGGCGCACUCUGCAUGUAGGUCUCUUGAAGCUGUACAGCAGACCAUAUGUAUUCCAAUAAAAAUAAAAACCGACCUGUUUGU